GGACAACACAUCAGACAUUGGUGUAGGGAACUCAUUCAGUGUCUUGCAGCUGUCAAAGGUUUCACUCUGAAGAAUGGGAGAUGUCCACAUCAACAACACUUCCUACUAUGAUUACAUUAACAACACAUCAUACUAUGAUGACUAUGGACGAGCAGGAUUCAUCAAAGAUGUUGUGACAUGCAUAAUCAUCAGUAUUGGACUUCCUUUGACCCUCAUGGCCAUCUAUACUCUUCAUUCUCUGGUGCAAAAGGAUAAUGUCGCUCCGAUCUACGUCAUCAACCUUCUCAUUUCUGACAUCAUUCAGUUCUGCUGCAUGAUCGUUUUUGUGGCAAAACCUGGGUACCCCAUUUAUCUAAUAUCCAGUCUUAUUUACUUCUGUAGUCUGAUGGCCAGCAUUUGCUUCAUGGUGUGCAUCGCCCUGGAAAGGUAUUUGGUCAUCGCCUGCCCACUGUGGUACCACUUCAGACGAACCAUCAAAAUCUCCGUUGUGGUCUGUGUCCUGGUCUGGACCCUUCCUCUUCUCUGUCUCUUCAUUCUGGCUUUCUGUGGUUUUGCAAAGUUCCUGUUAACCAUGUUAUACAUAUUUGUCCUCCUUCCUCUCCCACUGCUCAUAUUCUUCCUGGUUGGGACCCUCAAAGCCCUGUCUGCUUCCAUCUCAGUUCCCACUCAUGAAAAACGUCGAAUUGUGGCAAUGUUGGUCAUGGUGCUGCUUAUUUACACGCUGCUGUUCCUGCCCAGAACCAUAUUGUUUCUGAAAAAUGAACCCGGUUUUAACUUCAUCAGGGGCCUAGCUCCUGUGUUUCUUAGGUUGAGUCCUCUUGCAGACUUAGUUCUGUAUGUUUUCAUGAGGAAAGGGGCCAUAGACAAGCUUUUGGCCUCUGUGUGUUGUUGCAGAAUGGACAGCAAUGAUGACAGCAGUUUAACAUGCAUCACUGAACAUGAUGAAAAAUAAAACUCUCUUCCAUAUCACGUAUUUAAU